AUCUACCAACCUAUAGUUCUUCAGUAAAAAUCAAAUUUCCAUUAAGUUACAGUUAAUGCAUAAAUUCAUAAUUUUUACUGCAUCUGUGAUCAUGUGACAGACGAGAUUUCAAGAUGUCGGACGACGUGGAGGUUUCAACGUGAACCAGUGUACUUGAGCUUUCAGAAUACCACUCUGCUCAUUAAAUUAUUGAUAUCUACUGUCCAGUUUUGAGGACACUUUUGGUAUAAGCAGUCAAGAUGAUUUCUGAUAUAAUCUUGAUAGGGACCCUUCUGGUAAAUGCAGGUGCCAUCCUAAACUUUAAAUUGAAGAAGAGGAAAGGUGAAGAGGGUUUCCUAGAAAACGCUGAUCCAACAACAGGUGAUAAAAUCAGAGAGUUCCUUCUAAGUCUCCGCUACUUCAGGAUAUUUAUAGCCCUGUGGAAUAUUUUCAUGAUGUUUUGCAUGCUAGUGUUCUUCGGGCAUUGAGGUUGAGCUUGGAACUAGGCGUCAACCCAAGUGGUCCAGGUGUAUUUCUGGGGGACAUAUGGACAAAGAAUUUGUCAUACAGCUAGAACCACCAAGAGGAAUAUUUAUUACACUUAAAAGGAAAACAGAACAGAUGACAUCUCUCUCAUCCUCAAAUUCAACAUACUGUGCAUGUAUAUAUGCAUAUAUUUUACAAGCAGAGGGAGAAUUUUUAUAUCAAAAAUUCUGUGAUGAAACCAAUUAUGGAUUAAGUGGUCAGUGUGGAUGGGUGUUUGAAACUAACAGCUGCAUUACAGUUAACAUAUUAGAAGUUUUAUCAUAACAUUUCCAUCUUAUUAUAUUUGUACAUUAAACAUACUCCAUUUGUUUAACAUGGGGUCGUGAUCUUCGGUGGUGGACAGCUUUUUGAACAAGGGGAUCAGAGGAUUUGUACAUAUUGUAUUUUCUGGAUUAUUAAACUUCUGACAUAACAGGGAAUUAAUCAUAAAUGUAUUAUUUUAAAAUGUUUAUUUCAAAUUUUUGAAAUAAAAUAAUUUAGUUUUUUCUGAAAUGUAGAUGUUAAAAUGUUGCAUUUGUAUGAAAACUACAUUACAAUAUGUGAAGAACUUUUCAGUUUUUCUAUAAAAGAUCUAAACAAGUGUAAGUUUGUUUGCACACUUGGUUAUUUAUGUGUACCCAUAGGCAGUAAGUUGCCAAAAGCUUGAUAGGUUAUAUCA